AUGUUGUACAAAAAAUUUAGUGAAACUACUAACCAAGUGCAGAAACCUCUUCUUCUUAGUAAGCAAAAAUACAAAUCUAUUUUAGAUCUCUUAAUUGAUGAAAAAGCUAUUCAAUCAGCAGAGCAAAAAAGUUUUUGUGAAUAUUUAAAAAAUGGAUCAAAAUCUAUGAUAAAAAACUGGGAGAACAUAUUUUCUUCAAAAGACAAAAAAGAAAAUUGUACACCCAAAUUACAUACAUUGAAGUCAAUGGAAGAUAACAAUUUGAUUGAAAAUAUAAGAAAAAAAAGAAAAGAAAAAAUUGAGAAGGCAGAACGAAUGAUUCAAAAUCUUCUUGCCGGCCCUCGAGAAUUAGAUAGUGCUGCAAUGUUCUGCGAAAUAUUAAAAGGACGGCAAAUUCAGUUAGACUUUAAUAAACGAAUGAAAGAACGAGAAAAAGAGGAGAAAGUUAAAGAAAAUAUUUUAUUCCGAGCUCAAGCUGAACCUUAUUUGGAAGAAGAACGCAGGAGAGUUCAUUUAGAUCUAAGACGUAAAGAAAAAUUCAAAAAGGAUGUUAUUGAAGAUAUUAAGGAAAAAACUGGACAACAUGAAGAUUUUAUAAAGAAAAAAAUUGAAGGAGAAAAAAAAAUAUUGGAGCUAAUGAAACAAGAGGUUCAAAAGCAUGAAAAUGUAGUAAAAACAGCCGAAUGUUUUAAAAAAAAUCGAUUCAAAAAAGAAGCUAUAGAUGAUUUAAAAAAUAAACAACAGAAAGCUUAUAAAAUGGCAAUUGAAGAUAAAAUUGAAGAUAAACUGAACACUGCGUUUUUAGAGAAACAACACGAUAUAGAACUAGCCACAAAAUCCAAAGAAAAUCAAAGAAAGUACCUUAGAAUGCGUUUUAUAGACGAUAAUGCAAAAAAGAUAAUUGAAAGUAUAGUAGAUCCUGCACCAGCUGAGGAAAUAAGACGUUUAAAAAAAAUUCAGGAAGAGACUGAAAAUUAUAUUCAAAAACAAAAAGCACAAGCCCAAAAAAAAAAGGAGUUGCAAGAUCAAAGAGUUAAAGAUUACCAAAACUAUUUGCGGUAUAAAAAUAAUAUUGAUGCGAAGCAAAAAGAAAUUUACAAUAAAGAAGUGAUUAAUCGUUUAACAAACGAAAAAAUUUAUCAAGAUUAUCUUAUACAAAAUAGGAUCAAUAAAAUUAAAAAACACACAGGAACUGAAAAAAUCUUAAAAGAUCUAAUGAAAGAAGGAAAAGCAGCACAAAACUUCGAAAAAUUAAUGGAUAUUAAGCUAAAUACUAUUAAUUAUGAUUUACAAGACAAAUUCUUUUUCCAAUAUGCCAAUCAAUUGAUAAAGGAUGCCAAAGAAAAAGGCCGACCAAUUUUUCCUUUGCAAAAAGCAAUUGCUGCUUAUGAAAAGGCUAAUGAGUUAAAUAAGAAAAUUGUUGUGCCACCGCAUCUUCGCACAAAUAUUGUUUUAAAUCAAUAACGAAAUAUUGCUUUAUGAAAAAAUGUAUACCUAUACACCAUUUCAA